AUGUCGAAAUUAAACAAAUUGACCUUUAAUAUCCGAUCAUCAAGUCAUUUUUAUAAUGAAGUUAAUUUACCAUCAAAUGAAUAUAUGCAAGAGACAUUCAGAGACUUUAAAGAUAAACAAAUUAUUCAUUAUGUUGUUUAUUUUCCAAAAGAAAAAGAAGCUCGUUGCCUUAUUUAUUCAUAUCAUUAUAGACUAAAUCAUUACAAUGGUAUAACAAAUAAUUUUCCAGGUGGAAUAUUUCAAUGUAUUCGUAAAGUGUCAUUAUUUGAUGAACGUCCUUUUGAACAUGAAUUUUUUCUUCAAAUUCAAAAAUCAUUUCCAUUGAUGAAACAAUUAAUUGUAGUUAAUCAACAACGACAAAUUAAUAAACAAUUUAGAAAAGCAAACAAUGAAAACGGAGAUUUAUCGAUCAUUCAUUAA